AUGGCCGGGGAGCCAUGUGGGAAAACCUUCACUUGCAGCUCAGCCCUUUCUAAACAUCAGAGAAUCCACACAGGGGAGAGGCCCUAUGAAUGCAGUGAGUGUGGGAAAAGCUUCAUUAGCCGUUCAGGCCUUUCUCAACAUCAGAGAAUCCACACAGGGGAGAGGCCCUAUGAAUGCAGUGAGUGUGGGAAAAGCUUCAUUAGCAGUUCAGGACUUUCUAAACAUCAGAGAAUCCACACAGGGGAGAGGCCCUUUUAUUGCAGUGAGUGUGGAAAAACCUUCACUUGCAGCUCAGCCCUUUCUAUUCAUCAGAGAAUCCACACAGGGGAGAGGCCCUAUGAAUGCAGUGAGUGUGGAAAAACCUUCACUUGCAGCUCAGCCUUUUCUGUUCAUCAGAGAAUCCACACAGGGGAGAGGCCCUAUGAAUGUCAUGAGUGUGGGAAAAGCUUUAUUACCAGCUCAGACCUUAUUAGGCAUCAGAAAAUCCACACAGGGGAGAGGCCCUAUGAAUGCAGUGAGUGUGGGAAAACCUUUAUUACCAGCUCAGACCAUAUUAGGCAUCAGAGAAUCCACACAGGGAAGAGGCCCUAUGAAUGCCUUGAGUGUGGGAAAAACUUGACUAGCAGCUCAGGCCUUUCUAAACAUCACAAAAUCCACACCGGUGAGAGACCUUAUAAAUGCAGUGAGUGUGGGAAAACCUUCAAUCACAGCUCACACCUUCUUACCCAUCUCAGAAUC